CGCCGGUCGCCCGACGUCACUCGCGCGCAACUUCUUGCGGAGUGCGCAGCGCGUGAAGUUGCCGCUUAAUCGCGUGUUGUUAUUAGUGGCGGACGGAAUCGAGUCGGCUCCCACUCGCUCGAGACCGCGCGAGAGUGAGCCGCGUCGAGGUGGAUACGACGACAUCCCUCCGCAUCGCGCACCCUCAAGGCUUCCUCGCGACGGAACCGCCGCCGACGAGACGCUCUCCGUGGACAUGCCUACGCUGAUGCAACCGUCGGACAUUUCACUGGUGGGAGACGAGGGCGACGAGACAGACGUCGGAUUCGACCGAAGUGUAUCGAUGCACCAUCAGGAUCCGUUGCAUCAUCAGGAUGCGAUGCAGAAUCGGGAACGCAGCAAGCUACUGCUGCGUAAGCUGAGUCAAACCCGCGAGCGAGAGCGCGGCAAGGAACGCGAGCAAGAGCGCGAGCGACUGCACCAGUUACAGUCGAUCAACAAUUUGCUGCUCGAUCUGCCACCCCCGCCCUCGCCCUCGCACCUCCCGAGCUUUUCUCAGGAUGCCUCCUCCCAGUCGGACAAGAACGUUAGCACCGAUGGCGACAGCACAAUCUCAGAUAUGUUCGGGUUGGGUUUGCCCCGAGGAUCACUGAUGGGAAACCAGUCGACGAUUGGCUCCUCGAGCUACCGUAAUUAUCAAUACGGUGGUUACGAUCAAACGCAGGGAUCUUCACAACAACAAUAUGAGUGUCAUCGAAAUCAUGGCUUUUGCUCGAAUUCCUCGAGUUUGGAUAUUCCGAGCUCACCAAACUCCGUAACUACUCCCGGCAGUCCGAGCACACCCGGCAGUUUCAUCUCGGACCCUUAUAGUUACUCAUCCACUGCCAGUAAUAGCAACACACCAUCCUCACCAACUAGCCGACCAUCAUUCCAAUACCCUGGCUCUUCAUCAUCACCUAGCGAUUCAUCAUACUUUGGCCGUCCUAUUCGAGGCUGCUCUACACCUUACAGUGAUUGUGGCAGCCCAACAUUGGAAUUUUCUCAUUUUCUGGGAUGUAAUGGUUCGCGUUCCAACUCACCAGCUGACUCGGAAACAAGCGGUAUUGGUAGUGCGGAUGGAUCUUUAUCCGAUAUAAUAAUGAAUUGUUUAUCACUUAAUUCCUCAUCGAAUUCUUGCUUUCCGCCGUCCCUGGAUUCUAUAAUAUCGAAGACAAACACAUGCCCAAGCAAUAGAACCGCAUUCGAGCGUAUAGCUGUAAAAAAGUACUUGUCAUCGUUACAACAGAAUUCAACGAGCCCACAUUAUUAUCAGCAUCAUCACGGACUCGGGCAAAAUCGCAGCAAUUUUCUCAAUUCUCUCUUGAGUCAUGAGAAAAAUUGUUGUACCGGUCUUGGAAACGCCGCACGCAGAUUGGCUCAACCAGUGUCACUUGAUAGGGUAGCGAGAUCCCACCGAAAUGCCGCUGCACAUUGUUAUCCAACAUGUACAUGGAGCGGUUUUCUGCCUCUAAAUACCGAGGAACCAGUCGCCUAUUCACCUAAAGUUUUCUUGGGAGGUGUACCAUGGGAUGUUACAGAAGCUAUUUUGAUCUCUACAUUUAAACAAUUUGGGCCGGUCCGUGUAGAGUGGCCCGCAAAAGCACCGUCCGCUCAACCAAAAGGAUACGCUUAUAUUAUAUUCGAAUCAGAGAAGCAGGUCAGGGCAAUGUUGUCCUGUUGCACUCAUGAUAUUACUAACGGCAAAAGAUGGUAUUACAAGAUUAUAUCCAAGCGUUCAAAGCCGAAAGAUGUACAAGUGAUUCCAUGGGUUCUCGAGAAUAGCAACUACAUCAAAUCUUCAUCACAGAGACUCGAUGCACACAAAACGGUAUUCGUUGGAGCAUUGCACGGAAUGUUAACGGCUGCAGGAUUAGCGAAAGUUAUGGAUGAUCUUUUCCAUGGUGUUAUUUAUGCAGGUAUCGAUACGGAUAAACAUAAAUAUCCAAUAGGAUCCGGCCGUGUUACAUUCAGUACAAAACAAUCGUACUUUAAAGCGAUCACUGCUUCGUUCAUAGAAAUUAAGACUGACAAAUUUACAAAGAAGGUACAAGUGGAUCCGUACAUCGAAGAAUCGAUAUGCUCCGUAUGUGUUGUGCAACAAGGACAUUAUUUCUGCCGCGAUGUGGCAUGCUUCCGAUAUUUUUGUCGCAGUUGCUGGCAGUGGCAACACUCCGUAGACUCAAUGUCGCAUCAUACACCCCUGACGCGGAACUCAAAGACGAAUCAAGUGAUAGGAUUGAAUCCGAAUUUCGGAAUGAACAACUGUCCCCGUAUGUCGAAUACGACGAUGAUUUAAAGAAGACGACGUUUGAUAAGAUCUUAUAUUUGUUGCCUAAAAUUCAGUAAAAUGCGGCCUUUUAUUCGCGCGCCCGUCGUCUUCUUUCUUUUUUGUUCCUUUUUGACUUUCGGUUAAACCGACGUUGCGCCGCCCGAUCUAGAACAUCGGGUAACAGGGUGCAGACUUGAUUUUUAUCGCGGAGCCGCGGACAGCUUAGGACAUAGUCCGACAAUACGGGGACACGCCGAUUCAUACGUCGAUUAAGCUUGUGAACGCGCAACGAUUGGUUCAUUAUCGUUAUAGUGCGUGCGAAAGGACAAGAUAAAUAUUGAAAAUCGUGUUUGUUCCAAAAAAAGAAGUUCCUAUUGCGAACGCAGUUUUUACUACGUUCGAGAGAAAAAAAAUAAACGAUACACUUUUAUUUAGUAUAUUUACUUAGAGACAGGUUCUCUUAUCGAUUUUUUUUUACCGCUAAAUAAUGCUAUCGUGCCAAAACAAUAGAUGCCAGAUUAUGGCCGUAAUCGUGUAUUAGGAAUACGCACAUGUACACGUGUGUGUAUAUAUAUAUAUAUAUUAUUUUUUUUUGUUAGAAUCGUGAGAGGUGCAUAGUGGCUUUCACAAUGACAAUAAUUUUUUACGCGAGACGAUAUGGCUCCGUUAUGGUAAUUUUGAGCUGGGCUCAAUAAAAUACAUAGAAUUCUCAGGAAAUCUGAUAGCAUCGUCAUCAUCAUGUGUUUAUCGUGUUAAAAUACGCUUAAUUAUGAAUUGUUACGAUAAUGCUAAGAAGAUUAUCUGAAGUGGUGAGAUAAUAAUUAUGCGAUAAUUAUUUACCAUUAUUACAUUGCGCGCGUGAUCCGAUUGUAAUGUGAUAUAACGGGAGACUUAUCGGAUAUACCAUUUAACUCGCUAGUCGUUCUUCCAUUACGAUACUUGUCAAUGACGUUAAACAUUAUUAAUUUUACGUUAGAUUACAAUGUAUCUCUAGAUUCGUUGCGGUUGCGGCGUAACGUGAACGUAUGUUGCGUUAUUAACUGCAAUCGAGUGAAUUUUUUCUAUUAGCCGAAGCGAGCGGCUGUCAAGUAUUUCGCUCACAUGGACUGUUUAACGGUUGACGAAAUGGAAAAGUACAUGGUCUACGAUUCUGGCGCGGAUUGUAGGAAAAUUUAUUCGUUUUUAUUUUUUUUCUUUUUUUUUCUAUGUACGCAAUUGUGUUGCACCUCUUUGAAUAAGGUUCAUCUUUCACUCGUUUCUCCCGUUUUGAUACGAUUUUGUUGAAUUAAAAAUCAGAUUUUUGCAGAUA